AUGCCGCACUCCAGCAAUGAAGAGGUGCGUUGAUUGCUCCUUCCAAAUCUUGCGUGUUCAUCUCUCACCAAACCUUGAGACUGUUCAAGCUUACAACUUGCGCUCUCGCUCCAUCCGCACAGUUUCUCAACCGUCUAGGCAAUCUCUUCACGUCCAGCACCUCUGCCCACUCAGUCUACAUCACCACAAAGAGAUUAUCCUCUGGCGAGGAAGCGAUGGGUGUUGAGCCUGUGCAGGGAGGCGCGACGCAUGGUGUGCUUUUCAGAGCAACGAAUGGCAACGACGAUAAGCAAAAGAAGGAAAAAUUCUCGACCAUUGUGAGUGUUUUGGCGCCGGGCGUCGGAAGCGAUCACAGUUGCGGGCAAGUGCCGUUUGAGCCUGGAAGGAUGCACAUGGCAAAGGGUGAUCGGCCAGGGGGCAGAGACAUCUCGCUUAGAUAGCCCGAUGAUCAAGCGUAUGCGAGAAGUCUGCACCUGCUCAAGACGUUUUCCAUUCGAAUCUCUUCUCAGGUCACUCCCUCGGCCUUGCCCACCUUCCAAACCUCUAUCGAUGCUCUUCUACGCACACAUCUCUCGGCGUCUUUGAAAAAGAGGGACAAAGCCAAGGAACGGCGGGCAGAAAAGAUACGCAAGGAGCAGCAAGCGACCGCAUCCAGUAGCAAGGAUGGUGGGAAGCUGACCUUGAGCAAGAUUGGCAAGAGUGAGUGGUCGAAGAACGCGCGAGCUUGUAUCAAGCUAGCCUGCUCUGGGAAUGUCGAAUGUUUUGUGCAGAGUGCAAAAACAGCAUGGACUGAUCCACUAUUCUGUCCGUCUACUUUCUUCCGAUUCGCCGUGCGUGUCGUCUGUACCGCCGUCGUGUCACGUCACAGAGCGAGGUGCAGGCCACAGGGCGCGUCAAAGAGCAUCCGAAAAGGCAAAGAGGCAAAGGGCGGAAAGGGCCAGGAGUCUAGCUUCCGAAGCCGCAAAAGGUCCGACUCAGAAUGUCAAUGUCAACGUCCAGAGCUCUGCAGCGGCGGCAACAGGUACACCAGCGGCCACAUCGGCAAAGAAAACAAAAGCGUAG